CGCAGCCUCCGAUACACAGCCCCCUCCCUUCCACCACCAGCCAUGCGGCCAAGUGCACCUACAGCUGCCUCCAAUCAACAAGGAAAACCCGCUGAAAUCUCUCUCGCAGGAAGUCAAACUUGAAGCGUCUGCCACCGAAAGACGGGAUCGGAGACGCGGAGGGGAUGUAGCGGGCGGAAUCCCGGACAGGAUUACUGCGUCCUCCAACGGGUGGCGAUUCUUUUUUUCUCUCCAAAAAAUCGGCGAGUUUCAGUAUGCACAGCCGUGCACGCUUUCACGGGGAGUUGUAAGUAGAGCUUCAGUCGUUGCCACUCCAUCGCUCAUUCCCUUAGAAUUAUUUUACCAUCCUGAAUAAUAUUUUCAGGGCUGCUCGGUGGAUUAUCAGAGUUGUUUGUCAGUCUUACGAGUUAUCAUUGAUCACGGAGGACUGAGCUAGACACCGCCCUGACCCGCUUCCAGUGUGCCGGACCCGGAUUGCAUCUUCUCUCUAGGUUUCGGACAGGUGCCAGCCCGCGCGUUGGCGGAGGGAAACCGCGCGCAUUACGGGAAUAUCUUUUUUUUUCGAGUGUGGGGGAAUCGAAAUAGUUUUAUUUGGCCCAACCUGGACGGAUAGCUGCACGUUCUGGGGGACAGCUGCACAUUCUGGGGGACAGACGCCCCCCCUCCCUCCUCCUCCUCUCCCCGUUCAAAGCCCGCAGUCCGAUGCUCGGAUAUUUGAAACGUAAUUUGCACUCAAGGACACCCUCCUCAGUUCCUUAUUUGCGGUUUAAAGCAAAAACGCACGAUAUAUACUAAUGUGUAUUUUAAAUGGGAAUUGAGAUGAGCAUCACCCACCCGCCCUCAUCGUUUGUGGAUGUGUACUUGAACCCUUGUCGUGGGUCUGCACAGUGAGGACUACCGGCACCUGGAUGGCCGGUUCGCCCUCCUUUUCUCUGUCUCUGCUGCCCGUGUGCGCGCACGUCUGUGCCGGUAAUUCCGCUUAUUCUGCUGCAGCCGCUUCUGCUGCCACCCAGUCCCAACACACACAUACACACAAACACACACCCACACGCACACACAACAGAGUCCCGUCUAUUCAGCCCCCAGAAAACUACCUAUAGAGCCUCUUUCUGUUUGUAUGUGCAUGGGAAAGGAGUCGCGCGGGAGAGGAGAGCAGGAGUUGGGAUAAGCAGCGGAACCUGAUCACCCUUUUUCUUUUCUUUUUAACGCCUGUCAAGGGGCUUCUCGUUGUGAUUUAAAACUCAUCUGCUAGCGGACGUAGAGGACGAGGAAGAAGAAGGUGAAGAGAGUCUGGUGAAAAAGACGCAAACUGAGAGGAGAGAAGGUGGAGAGAUCGAUGAAGUUAUCAGAAAUAACUGAGCUGGCAACCGGAUGACGCAAAGGAGGGUGCCCUUGUUGGCUUGUCAUUCUGUUGUAACCCGGAGGCCAGUUAUCUGACUGGAAUGUGAAUUCAUAAUAGGACAGACUCCAGAGGACUUCCUGUAUCCCCGAGAAACUCAGGCUUAGCUGACGCUGACAUCCCACCACUGGUCAAGAGAGACCCAGACAGCAACGUGACAGAGGGCUCCACAGCUACUUAAAGAAGCCGCUGCAGAUCAAGUCUGGUCAUCACUUCACAUCUUUGCUCCGUGCUAAUUGGAUCCACUUGACAAAGGAAUACUGAAACCUGCGAACCAGGAGAGCAGACAUGGACGGCAUCUCCUUGCUGGUCCGCCCGCUCCUCCUGCUCUUCCUCCUCUUAUUCGUCCUGUCCUCCCUCCCAUCCGGCUCCACCAUGCUGUGUCCCAAGCGGUGCACUUGCCAGAACCUGCUGCCGUCCUACACGGUGCUGUGUGCCAAGACGGGCCUCCUCUUCGUCCCGCCCAACAUUGACCGGCAGACGGCUGAGCUUAGGCUGAUGGACAACUUCAUCACAACGCUGAGGCACCGGGACUUCGCCAACAUGUCCAGCCUGAUCCACCUGACGCUGAGCAGAAACACCAUCAGUCAGAUCCGGCCAUACGCCUUUGCUGACCUCCAGGACCUCCACGCUCUGCACCUGGACGCCAACCGCCUCACCAGCCUGGACGACUCCCACUUCCAGGGCCUUGUUAACCUGCGGCACCUCAUCCUGGCCAACAACCAGCUGCACAGCAUAUCAGAGGGAGCCUUUCAGGACUUCCUGGAGACUCUGGAAGACUUGGAUCUGAGCUACAAUAACAUGGUGGACAUCCCCUGGGACACCAUCUCCCUGCUGAUCAGCGUCAACACCCUCAGCCUCGACCAUAACCUUAUAGAGAGCGUCCCAGAGGGAAUCUUCUCCAACCUGCACAAACUGGCCAGACUGGACAUGACCUCCAACAAGCUGAAGAAGAUUCCCCCCGACCCGCUGUUCCUGCGGAUCCCGGUAUACGCCAAGAUGAAGGGCUCACCUCUCACAGCACUGGUGUUGAGUUUCGGGGGGAACCCCCUGCACUGUAACUGUGAGCUGGUCUGGCUUCGCCGACUGACCAGAGAGGACGACCUGGAGACCUGCGCUUCACCUAAAGUCCUGGCCGGAAAAUACUUCUGGACAAUUAAAGAGGAGGAGUUUAUUUGCGAGCCACCGAUGAUAACUCGCCACACCUCCAAGAUGUUUGUGAUGGAGGGUCAGGAGGUCAGCCUUCGCUGCAAGUCCAUCGGAGAUCCUGAACCGUCCACGCAUUGGGUCAGUCCCGAUGGAAAGCUGAUGGGCAACACCACCAGAACCGUCUGCUACGAGAACGGCUCGCUGGACAUCCUCAAGGCCUCCGUCAAGGAUUCUGGAAAGUUCACGUGCAUAGCGUCCAAUGCAGCCGGGGAGGCCACUGCUCCUGUUGAGUUGGUCGUCAACCCCUCACCACACUUUGACCCAAAACUGGACCCGGACCCAGGGCCUUCGGACAUCCCCACGUCCAUCAAGUCCAACGCCAGCGGUGGUCAGUCGCGGUCCGAUCAGCAGAGGGUCAGCGUGUCUGAUCUAACGUCCGGCUCUGUAACCAUCAGAUGGCCGCCGCAAAACCACAUACCAGGAGUCCGCAUGUACCAGAUCCAGUACAACAGCUCCUCAGACGACAUCCUCAUAUACAGGAUGAUCCCAGCCAACCACAAGUACUUCCUGCUGAGCGACCUGGCGUCAUCGCGGGACUACGAGCUGUGUGUUCUGGCCGUCUACGAUGACGGAAUCACCGCUCUGACCGGCACCAAGCUGGUGGGCUGCGUGUCCUUCUCCACGGAGACGGAGUACGGCCGCUGCCACUCCAUACGAGACCAGUUCCUGGGAGGUACCAUGAUCAUCAUCAUCGGGGGGAUCAUCGUCGCCUCCGUUCUUGUCUUCAUCUUCAUCCUCCUGAUGAAGUACAAGCUGCACAGUAACCACUACAAGCAGAAAGCUGCUGCGCGCCAGGCCAACGUCUGCUCCCAGACCAACGGAGGGGGGGGGGGAGGAGCCAACGCCCUGCCACCAUCCUCCUCCUCGGCAGGGCAGGGUGGAGGCGCUAAUAAAAACUCCCAACCGUCAUCGUCCACAGAGGGGAUGGGAGGAGCUUCUCUUCGAGGGACGAUCGUAGUAGACUUAAAUCCCACCCACGACGAUGACGCCAUCUCCCAAUAACACACAAGAAUCUGUCAGUCACACAACUCACCAAUCUCUGAGCCCAAACCAAUACUCCAUCACCGCGCCCACUUCUGUUUCUUUUUUUUCUUUUUGUUGGUGUCUCAAGCCGAACUCCCCUUAACGCCGAGGACACUCUUUUCAUUGGUGCCCCAGUGGGUUGAACGGUCACAUCCUUCCAUUCAGCCCGAUGAUCAGGUAUUCGGAUCCAGACACACACGGCCAGCCCCCGACACCACCUCAGAACCAGAUGUGACGUGAUACAAGCGUUGUGUGGGAAGCCAGAGGAGGAAAAGCCGCCUUGGUGUCCAGCCACCGUUGGAUUCAGGUCUGGCUCCAGGCCUUGAACCCUGCUCGGGAUCGGUGCUAAAAUGAAGCUGGGAACCUUGAAUCAGAGCAGUCGGAAGGGAGUAUGUUCUGGAAUCUCUUCUUAUUUUUUUGAAGAAAGUAUCCAAUGAUCUGAUGGAGCUCUUAAGGGUCCAGCAGGGAUCUUUGGCAUCUGUAUUUGAUAGUUGGCGGAAUCCAUGCCAACACUUAUUGUUGCUCUGGGAACACACUGAACGGAUUUCUGGAUUACUGACGAUACCCUUUCAUCACAUUUUUCCAGGAUCUUUUUGUUUGUGGUUUAUUGAUGGUUUGGUGGCACUGCACCUCUCGUUUCCCCCAGCGUACAGUCAAAUGCCAAAGGGUUUCUACAGCAUCGUGACGGCAUCACAACAGAAAUGGGAGAAUGUGCAGACUCCCAAAAGCACACCUCUCUAUUGUCGAUUGACAGUCAGAGAGAAAACCAAUGUUGGGUCUUGGAUUAAAAAUACAAGCACAUUGUCAAGCGUCUUGUCUCAAAGCAUCAACAACAACAAACUGUCAAACUAUCAGUGAAUUUCUCUGGCACUUUAAACAUAUGUCUUCACCUACUCUCUCUAUCUCAUUUUCAUGAACAACUGAAAAGUAUACUCUCCAGUAUUACCAGUCGAACUCUUCUGGCUCCAAAUGACUUAGAUAGUGUUGAAAUAAUCAGUGUGUUUGCGUUCACGGUGGACUGGUUCUCUUUGUGUUGGGAGUAUUAAAAAAGAAAAACCUUAGUGUCCCGAGAAUAGAGAGCCAUCAAGAACUCCUAAGCCCAGCUUGAAGCAAUGAUGUAUGGCUCUGAUGUAUGGUUUGAUGUGGAAUCCUGAUUUUUAGUUUGACACUGGAAGACAACUGUACCUGUAAGAAACACUGGUGAACACUGGCGCUUAAGUUAAAUGUAAUAAGCGGUUUUAAAAGAUGGACCGGCAGAACUUGCACUGUCCCGUCCACGCCCUCCCCCCCUUUUGCUCCCCCUUUGCAGUUUGACAGUGUCUGUGUUUGUAUGUGACAUACACCUAACAGUCUUCAAUGGUUUGAUACCCAUGAUUUACUUUGAAUAUUACGAAACAGAUUACCACAAUAAGGAGAAAAGAAAUCACAGCAACAUGCAAGAUGGGGAUUUUAUGCUUUCAUAGAUACAAUUAUGUGGAUUUAUAAUGAAAUAAAAAGGUAUUUUUCUUGGAAAAAAGUCUUUAAAAGUCUGUGUUAUUCAGAUUUUAACCAAACUGUCCAUGUCCUUGACCGAUUCACUUUAUUUAUUUGGUGAGUAGUAGUUUCUUUUUCACAACAGGAUAUUUGUUGAUAUCAUGUUGAUUGUUUCAUGAAAAAAUGCCUCAUCCUUGCGAUGAAGAGUAACACAAUGAAAAACUCCUUACGACGUACACCUUGUGUGUUUA